UCCAGUUUUACCCCUCCUCUCACCAGCCACUCCACACUUCCCACCCCUCCACCGUCAUGUGGAAGCUCCCACCCUGUCAUUGGCCGCAGCAGUCAGGUGAAGUGGGUGUCGUCGACGGCAACCCCUCAAGCGCCGGCCAUGUAUACGGCCAGGAGGCAGUGUUCACUCAGAGACAUGUUCACCGGGACUAUGAGAAUAAUACAGGUCACUAUAGUCUUCAAACUCCGGUACAAUCCACCGUUGUCUCUGCCUCACCCCUUCACCUAUCCUCUCUUCUAUCCCAGCCCCCCAGUGGACUGCCACAGCAUGGAGCAGCACCCCUAGUGGUGUUUAGAGGUACUCCCUUCCCUAGUCCACUCCAGUCUCCUAGAGGAGGAGGAGGGCAGAGGGGAGUGGAGCGGAUUGGGAGAGGGCUCCACUACACCCCUCUACCUAUGCUGAACCCCCGACGCAGGGGAACGGGGCUUCUCUCCUCCCUCGUCCCCCCUUCAGCUGGGGAACGAGGGAUGGGAAGGAUGACUGAAGAGGAGAAGGGAUCUUUUUUACUUCCGUGUAUCAACGUGGGUCGAGGGUUCCAGGCUGAGCUGCCAUGUUGUCUAGAGAGGAAGGAGGGGUCAGGGGCGUGGCCAGAAGAAUCAUCAUCCAAUGAGGAGUUGCUCUGGAAACCUUGGGAGGAGCUUCAGAGGAGUUCUGUAAUUCAGGGAAAAGUGGAGGCAGUGUUGUCUUUGUGUAGUUCUAGCUGUCUACCAGGAGGGGGCAGCAACACAGAGCUGGCUCUACACUGUCUCUACCGUUGUCAUGGAGAUACACUGGCCACGUUGGAGAGAUUGUUCUUCUCGAACCCAUCAACAGCAGUAGACUACCAUUACGCUG